UUUCUUAAGAAAUUCCAUUAUUUUCUAAAGGAUGGUUUAUUAAAUGUAAACACUCUCUUAAUUUUCUUAUUUGAUGAUAUAAAAAAAUCUGUGGUUGUCGUUACUCACAGGUUAUUAUUCUGUCAUGAUACUGGUCCGGCCAAAGUGAUUUCAAAUCGGGCUGUGUUUACUAAAAUGAGCUUGACGCUCCUGCUCUACUACAACGUCCAUGAAGCACUUGGGUUAGCACAGAACGGCGCAUGCGCGUUACCUGCUCGAGUAAACCGAUGACCUCACACGCGCAGCCCGGACCAACCGGUCGGUGGUUGAAUCGCCUCCCGGUUGUCUAGGUCUGGAUUGUCUCCUUCUUCUCCUUCUUUUUCUUCUUCCGCCGUUUUACUUUUCUUACCUGAUGAACUCGUGGACACGGUUGUCAAGAAAAAUGUCCACGUUGACGAGUACUCUCUGACGGAGGCCAAACUCAGAGGUGGAGGAGGCUGUAAAGAGGCCCUGAAGGAGCCUCAAACCCUCCCUGCCUGAACCGUUGGACGCAUUGGACAGCCAUGGCUCCUCGGAAGCGUGGCGGCGGCGGUGGCGGAGGAGGCAGCGGCCGCGGUGGCCUCUCCUUCAUUUUCUGCUGCUUUAACGGCAGCGAUCACCCAGAGAUCACCUACAGGCUGCGGGAGGACUUCGCCCUGCAGUCCAUGGAGCCUUCACUACCGAUGCCAGGACCCGAGGAACUGGAUGUCAUGUUUACAGAGUUGGUGGAUGAGCUGGACCUUACAGAAAAGCACAGGGAAGCCAUGUUUGCCCUGCCUGCAGAGAAGAAAUGGCAAAUCUACUGCAGCAAAAAGAAGGAACAGGAAGAAAACAAAGGUGCAACCAGUUGGCCAGAGUUUUACAUCGAUCAGCUCAAUUCAAUGGCAGCUAGAAAGACGAUCCUUGCUCUGGAGAAAGAAGAGGAGGAAGAGAGGAACAAAACCAUUGAGAACUUGAAGACGGCCCUGAGGACCCAACCUAUGAGGUUUGUUACCCGUUUCAUCGACCUGGACGGCCUGACGUGCAUCCUGAACUUCCUGAAGAGCAUGGACUACGACACCACCGAGUCGCAGAUCCACACGUCGCUGAUCGGCUGCAUCAAGGCCCUGAUGAACAACUCGCAGGGCCGCGCCCACGUCCUCUCUCACUCCGAGAGCAUCAACAUCAUCGCCCAGAGCCUGGCCACGGAAAACAUCAAGACCAAGGUGGCAGUUCUGGAGAUAAUGGGAGCCGUGUGUCUGGUGCCCGGCGGCCACAAAAAAAUCCUGGAGUCCAUGCUGCACUAUCAACGUUUUGCCAGCGAGCGGACGCGCUUCCAGACGCUUAUAAAUGAUCUGGACCGGAGUACGGGACGAUACAGAGACGAGGUCAACCUGAAGACAGCCAUCAUGUCAUUUAUUAACGCUGUGCUGAGUCAAGGAGCCGGAGAGACUAGUUUGGAAUUCCGUAUACACCUGCGAUAUGAGUUUCUCAUGCUGGGGAUCCAACCUGUGAUCGAUAAGCUGCGCUCUCAUGAAAACUCCACAUUAGACAGGCAUUUGGACUACUUUGAAAUGCUGCGAAAUGAGGACGAGCUGGCUCUGUCGAAGCGUUUUGAGUCGGUACAUAUAGACACCAAAAGUGCCACGCAAGUUUUUGAUCUCAUCCGCAAGAAGAUGAACCACACUGAUGCAUACCCGCACUUUAUGUCUGUCCUGCAUCACUGUCUGCUCAUGCCACACAAGAGGAGUGGAAACACGGUACAGUACUGGCUGCUGUUGGAUCGCAUCGUUCAGCAGAUGGUGUUGCAGAACGACAAAGGUCACGACCCAGACGUCGCACCGCUGGAGAAUUUUAACGUGAAGAACGUCGUCCGGAUGCUGGUCAAUGAAAACGAGGUCAAACAGUGGAAAGAGCAGGCCGAGAAAAUGAGAAAAGAGCACCACGAGCUGCAGCAAAAGUUCGAGAAGAAGGAACGCGAAUGUGAUGCCAAGACCCAGGAGAAAGAGGACAUGAUGCAGACGCUCAACAAGAUGAAAGAGAAGCUGGAAAAGGAGAGCAACGAGCACAAAAACGUCAAGCAGCAAGUGGCCGAACUCACUGCACGGCUCCACGAACUCAGCGCCAGGCAGGCGGCCAUUGUUCCCGGCGGCCCUCCUCUACCCCCCGGCCCCCCUGGCGGCCCCGUGCCUCCUCCACCCAUGCCAGCGGCAGCAGGCAUUUUCCCACCCCCUCCGCCACCUCCUGGUGGUAUGCCUCCUCCGCCUCCCCCGCCUCCUCCGCCAGGUGGCCCGCCGCCUCCUCCUGGACUCCCAUCCAUGGGAGGCAUCCCUCCGCCGCCAGGAGGACCCCUGGGAAUAUCUCUGAAGAGGAAGAACAUUCCUCAGCCGUCCAACCCGCUCAAGUCCUUCAACUGGUCCAAGUUAGCUGAGAACAAGCUGGAGGGAACUGUUUGGAUGAACAUCGAUGAUGCCAAGGUUUUCAAAAUCUUGGACCUGGAGGACAUUGAAAAGACCUUCUCAGCCUAUCAAAGACAGCAGGACUUCUUAAUGAUCAAUAACAGCAAACAGAAAGAGGCAGAAGACGACAUGAGCUCCAAAAAAGUCAAAGAGCUGUCAGUCAUUGACGGCCGCCGAGCUCAGAACUGCAACAUCCUCCUCUCGCGACUGAAGCUCUCCAACGAGGAGAUCAAGAGAGCCAUUCUGACCAUGGACGAACAGGAGGACCUUCCCAAAGACAUGCUGGAGCAGUUGCUGAAGUUUGUCCCAGAGAAGAGUGACGUGGAUCUCCUGGAGGAGCACAAACACGAGCUCGAUCGAAUGGCCAAACCCGACCGCUUCCUCUACGAGAUGAGCAGAAUAAACCACUACCAGCAGAGGCUGCAGAGUCUGUACUUCAAGAAGAAGUUUGCAGAGAGGAUAGCUGAACUCAAACCCAAAGUGGAAGCUCUGACCAAGGCAUGUAAAGAAGUUUUACACAGUAAAAACCUGAAGCAGCUGCUGGAGGUGGUUCUGGCCUUUGGAAACUACAUGAACAAGGGUCAGAGAGGCAACGCUUAUGGCUUCAAGGUGUCUUCACUCAACAAGAUCGCCGAUACCAAAUCCAGCAUCGACAAGAACAUAACUCUGCUGCACUACCUGAUCACCAUCCUGGAGAAGAAAUAUCCCAAAGUCCUGAUGUUCCAGGAGGACCUGCAGAGCAUCUCAGAGGCCGCCAAAGUCAACAUGACAGAGCUGGAAAAAGAUAUAGGCAACCUGCGCAGCGGCUUGAAAAACGUGGAGAGCGAACUGGAAUACCAGAAGAAGCAACAGCAGGUGCUGGGGGACAAGUUUGUGUCCGUGGUGAGCCAGUUCAUCACCGUGGCCAGCUUCAGCUUCUCCGACGUGGAGGAGUCUCUCAACGAGGCCAAAGACCUGUUCCUGAGGGCAGUGAAGCACUUUGGUGAAGAUGCCAGCAAGAUGCAGCCAGAUGAGUUCUUUGGCAUCUUUGACCAGUUCCUGCAGUCGUUUGCCGAGGCUCAGCAGGAGAACGAGAACAUGCGAAAGCGCAAGGAAGAGGAGGAGCGCAGGGCUAAAAUGGAAGCUCAGCUGAAAGAACAGAGGGAGAAAGAGCGCAAGGCCCGCAAAGCCAAAGCCAACGGAGAAGACGACGGAGGCGAGUUUGACGACCUGGUGUCAGCUCUGCGCUCGGGCGAGGUCUUUGACAAGGACCUGUCCAAGAUGAAACGGAACCGCAAGCGGAUCAACAACCAGAGCACGGACUCGGGCAGAGAGCGACCGAUCACCAAGCUCAACUUCUAAGCGUGGCCGAGGUCGCCCCCCCCCUCCCAGCACUGUUCACCAUUAGUUUCCCCGUGGGUCGGACUGACAUGCACAUUCCUCUGCACCCUCCUCCGCUCCCACCCACCUCGGCUUCAAUAAUCCAUGGCUUUGCAUCAUGGCAGCGGAGCCACACACACACACAGCACAACAUGUUUAGACCUCUCAUCCUCAGAGAUUUUGAUACGAUACGGAGCAGAAGCCAAAAGUUGAUGACCGUUCGACCAAAUUGGAUCAUUCCCACCGGGAUGAUCAGGUGAAACGUUUUAAGAAGAUGUCAUGCUGGAGAAAAGUUCCCUUCCAGAGAUGCUUAUUUGACGGGAUCCGUUCUGUGCUGAAGUUUGUACGUGAGAAUCUAUGCACAGAGAGAGAGAGAGAGACGUGUGCAGCUCAGAGACUCUUUCAGGGCCGAACGCUCGAUUCCAAACGGGAACACGAUUCCAUUGAAAACACAAGGGGCCAUUUUGUACGGGCUGAUUUCGUAGAUUGAGAGGGGCUGCUUUCACACGCCUGAACUGUCCAAGAGACCAUUUUUUUUGGAGAAAGACUAAACCUGAACUUCCCUUCUCGCGCCGUGACGGGACUGAGACGCUGCGUCGUCGCGACGUUUGUGGUUUUAACUGCAGGUGACGCAGCUGAGAAGCAGAGUUUCUUUUCUAUUCAUCAUUAUUGACGUGCAGCAUUUAUACAUCCGAUCACUGUAUGUGUGUGUUAUUUGAACUUUUUCCUGUUAAGAGCUGGCCUUAACUCUGAUUUUAAUUGUUGAGCGGUACUCUCAAAGGCCUGGGCCUAACCUACAGUCUCUCUACAAGUGUGGACACUUAUGUCAUAGAUUACGUAUAUCAGUAUAUAAGUGCAUGUGCUUGUUACACAUGCACAUAUGAACUCAUUAUUACUAUGCUAAAUGCCAAUAAAACUCUACCAAUAAUGCAAUAUUCCCAUUCCUCCCCUCUGGAGAGAGUGCCCUCCCUUAAUGUUUUUAUUUGAAUAGAUAAAGUAUGUUUUCUGCACACUGACUGGAUUCACGCUGCCUUAUAAAAAAUAUAUAUAUAUAUUUCAAACUCUGGUCCACAUGUGAAGUUUUCAUUCUUGCAGAAAACAUCACGUGUGAACACGUAACUUCUGGUUUUAAUUUGUCUCCCCAGCUGUGUGAAUCCAACCAGCGUCAGGCACCUCCACUGAACUUUUAUAAUUUAAAUAUUGCCUUCCAUUGUUCAAUGACCUGAUGAUAAAUAAAUGGGAGAAAUCA